AUAGAAACAAAAAUUUUUGGCUCUGCCACAAAUUUCCAUUGGUUGUCUGCUCAUUCAUCAGAUCAUUUUCGUGACUAUUUUGUGAGGUUAUAGAGUAAAGAAAAUGGUAGACCCAAGCGAUUGGAGCGUUUGAGCAGAUGUAAUCAUUAUAACAACAUCGUAAUUUUUUUUUUGUUUACAUUAAGUUUUAUAUUUUAAUUAAUGAACGUAAUUACAUUAAGUAAUAAAUUAGUGCCUUAUUUAUAAAUAUAAUUGUAUUUUGGUGAAAAUUGUGUGUUUUUAUGAUUUAUUUUGACAAAUGUAAUGAAUAAUAAUUUUUUAAUUAUACAAAUUAAGUUUUGUACAAUGGAUAAUACUAAAAAAGAAAAAAAAUAAUGUAUUGUAUAUGAAAAUUGAUAAGUAUCGUCAUUAAUAUGGUUAUGGCUGAAACGGAACGAAAAUCGAGGGUGGAACCGUCAAACAUCUCCACGCAAAAUAAACUACAAUGGCUUCGGCAGCGUCGUGAAGCCCUCGAAGAGAAACUAGCACAAAAAAAUAAUGAAUUAAAAAAUUUAUGUAUUGAUGAAGCCGAGCUCACGGGUAUUUUACCACCAGAAAUUCCUUUAGAUCCUGGCGAGAGUCCUCCUUUCUUUCGUAGGCGUGUUGGGACUUCAUUUGCUUAUCCACAAAACCUUAUUAAUAAGCUUAAAACCAAUGAAGCUGUAAGAAUAGAUGAAUCGACAUUAGAGUUGGAACGACAAGUACAAGCAAGCAUUGCUAAAGCUGCCUUUGAUAUCUUCAAUGAUGUAACAAAAGGCAAAGCUGUUAGACGUAAAAAUCGUUUAGUCUAUCAGCAAAGUCAAAAAAGGUUGAAAGAAUUAGAGACUCGUUUGAAUUUUAUCCGACAAGGAUAUGGACGAUUAUCUCGACGCCAGACUAUGGAAACAUCCUCUUGGAAAUCACCAACAUAUCCUGGAGAUGUUGAAGACAAUGUAUCAAUACCUCAAACCAUUGCAAAGCAUAAAUCCAAAAAGCCUCGGCCACCUCUUCAUUCAACUACAGAUAAACUGUUAAAUGCACAUAUGAGUUAUGAAAAACUGAUAAAAUCUGCCAGUAUUGAUGAUCAAUUAAUUGGAAUUGAUCAACAGCACAAACCAAGUGAUAAAAAUAAUGAAUGGAUCUCAAAUGAAUUACCACUUUCAAGCAGCAAAGGUUCUAGAAAUGAUAGUGAUAUUAUACAUGAUUUAAAUGACAGUAAUGAUGUGUACAUAUUACCAAAUCAACAUUCAGCAUUAUUAUAUCCUCAUGACAAUGAAGAAACAAGUUCACAUCACACAAAGUACAGUUCAACUCAACCAACUGAACGACCAUAUCGUAUUGUUCCUAAUGCAAAGGAUAAUACGAUAGGAACGCCAAAUAUGUGGCCAAGAGAACAAAAACGACAGUGUGAAGUACCUCAUUAUAAUCAACGGCCUCAAGUUAAAACCUCUAAACAUACUCCAAGAUAUCAACAUUAUUAUCACAGAGAUAAUAUAUCCCCUACGAUUAAUGAAAUGGUUCAAAUUCAAUCACCCAGCAGUGAUUCUAUAGGAAAAAUGCAUGAACCUAGUGAACAAUUUCGAGUGAGGCAUCCAUAUUAUGGCGUUCCAGUAGAUCAGUUUUCAUAUUUAGUAAAUUCCCCCGAUGGGAAAGAAUUUUCUGCAUCAUUACAAGAACGUGAAUUAAUGAAAGAAAAAACGUUCAAGAGAAAUAGCCACGAAAAUAUGUCACUUUCUCGACGUCAAGAUCUCAUAAAUGCCAAUGAUAGUUGGUCCACUAACAAUGAUGAUAUAUUUUGGACCUCUGAUUACCCAACCCAUUCUGAUAGAUUUGGUAGCAUUGAUCGUCGAAAAUAUUCUAAUAGUAAUCCUCAAGCUUAUCAAACCACUGUCAAUAAUCCAGAUAUGUUGACAACAAUCAGUAAAACUUCAGUUCAAAAUAGAGUUAUUAAACCAACUAAUUCUUUCAUAGAUUCUUCAACUAACUCACCAAAAUACUUGAACAAUAAACAAAGUCAAGCUAUUCAAUGUGAUAGAAUAGAAUUACCACCAUCCACGCGAAUACUUUUGCGUACUCAAUCACUUGGAAGUGUUGAAACUUGGCAUUCAGGAGAUGUUAAAUGUGUUACUCCAGUUCUGGAAACAAGUGGCACUUUGCCAUCAAUGACGGCAGGAUCCGUUCACCGAAAUAAAUAUCCUCCUGAAAAUUCACAUGAUACUCGUAUUUCUUACAGAGAUAAUGAGAAAGAGUGGUAUGAAACUGCAAUAGAUUUAGAUUAUUCAAAGUCUAAUAUAUUGUCUCAAACUAUGAGAAACUUGGAGAUUCCUGCGGAAUCAAAUAAUCGACUAAAUAGUAGUCAAAUUAGUGGUGAUGUGUCUUUUGAAUCAACAAACUUCAAUAUGCCAGAAAAAAUAAUUACAGAUGGAAGAACUAUCAUACAUGCUGGAAAAUAUCAACCUUAUAAAGAAGUUACGAAACCUUUUGAAAUGUCUGAUUUUUAUAAAUACUCAACCAAAUUCCGAAAGAAAAUGGAAUCUACCGGUCAAGGGGUAAAUCAAGGAACAAAUAGUGGGCAUCAUGGUUCUUCUCAUGUACAUCCAGCACAACAAAGAAUUAAUAUUUCUAAUCAGAUUAAUUCAUCUUGUCAAUCAUACGUUGUCCAAAGAGGCAAUGACAACAUAAAGGAUUGCAGCAAUACACAAACAUGCCAACCAGCAUCAAAAGACUCGACGGUUGUAUAAAGAUACUUUUUAAGUAAUUUAAACAGCACUUGGCAUAAUUUGUUUAAAUAUUUUUUUAUCUCAUAGUAUUUUAAAUUAUUGCAGAAGUCUUUGCUAAUUGUUGUAAUUAAGCUCAUAAAAUAUUGUAAU